AUGCCCCCACACAAUAGUAGCCGAAGAGAUAGUAUUACAUCGAAUCGGGGCUCGCCAAUGAGGCCAACCGUCUCCCUCUCCCCUCGACUCUCAAUACCAUCAGCACAUACUAUUCAAAUUCCCUAUGAUCCAAAUGAAACUUAUAAUGUUGUACAUAUACCGACUCAAAUAGCCCUCUCUCCUCGUUCUGAUCAUUCUUUAAGAAAUUCGUUACACGCCUCUACACUUCGUGCCUCAAUGAAUAAUAAUAAUAAUACACUUCGAUCAUCAAUGAAUGGAACCAAUACGCUGAGAACAUCAAUGCAAGGAGGAAAUACAAUGCUAUCUCGAUCGAUGGAUCUACAACAACAACAACCAAUUAGCUAUGUUAGUAGCAAUAACAAUGUUAUUCUAACUUCCAGAAUGGACACAAAUACAUUUAGAAGAAAUUCUGGAACCUCCGAAGAUGAAGUUAUCUAUGUAGAUAAACCUCUCGUAAUGACAACAACAACCACCACCACCAAUACUCCGUCCUUAAUUCUCUCACCAAAUUCUGUUAGUGUUGGAAAUGUAAGCGAUUUUUCUGGAGAAAGACAAGUAAGGAGAGUUACUUUCGAUCAAAUGGCCCAGCAACAACAGCAGGUGCAACUCAGUGGACCAAUGAGACCAAAUCAUAGAUUAGACAGGACUAACAAUACAGCAAGUACAUUGAACAUGCGUAUUAGAGGUCUUGAAGCUGACUAUAUGGAAGACGUUAGAAGAAGAAACAGAGAAGUCUAUGGAAAUCAAUAUCAAAUUUGGAGAAAUUAUAAGGAAAAAACAAAAUCAACAAUGAAUGUUCAUGAUGCUAUGAAAUCAAAGAGCAAUAGUGUCAAGAACUUUCUUCACAUUAAUAAUCACAGAAUGGAUCCAAUGACAAUCCAAGAAUUGAGAGACCAAGGGUACAUUGUAAAGAUGACUCCGAAAGGGCAACCAUACAUUGUAAGAGAUAAAGCCCUGACAGCUGUUGUUUCCAAUAACAAUAUUCAACCUGUAAAAGAAGAGAAGGAAGAGAAAAAGCUUAGUUUUUUCUGUAGAUGGUCAGCCAUCGAAGAUGCCUAUGGAUUGGGUGUAAAACUCUAUUUUGAUUUUGCUAGAUUGAUGAUUGUGUUGAAUGCCUUUUUGUUUUGCAUUCAACUCUUUAAUAUCAUCGUCCACCUUGUAGUUGAUUAUCAAGAUAUUGCAAAUAGCUUUUCUUCCUUUGACCUGUCCAUCAUUGACCAAUUGUAUGCCUCUACGUAUAGUAGAAGUUUGUAUUGGGUGUGGAUUUCAACGAAUGCUCUAUGUAUCGUAAUUAGUCUAGCGUUUGGGCCAUUGUACUGGUGGAUAAUUCACACGUACUAUGAAAAGAGAGACCUGUAUGAUUGUGAAGAGAAUUUCUUGGAUUCUGAAUCUGAUAAAAUUAAGGAGAAUCAAAAAAUAAGACUUUUAGAAUACUUGUUCAGAAUGAUAUUGAGCUAUUCAGUUUUCGCAAUCUUUAUGAUGAUUUCUUUCAGCGUUACAAUGGGCUUUACAAUUUUACAAAAUGUUAAUGCGAUGUACGAAUUGGCAGAUUCAACCUUCUCUGCUAAUGGUAACAUUCUGACGGCAAUCUCAAUUGGUAUUUCUGUUGUUAUUUCUGUAAUGUCUUUUAUUUGGAAGAAGAUUUGUGCUUAUCUCACUAAUUUUGGUAUGUUGGUUAAUUACUUUAUUGAUUCUAAUAUCUACUUUUCAGAGAGACACAAAACAUGGUCAUCCUACAGAAAACAUAAUACUUUCAAAUUCUUAUUCUUUAAACUUUUCAGUGUGUUUGUCAUGGGUUUCACCAAGGGGUUUUUUGCCACUCCUUGUGUGAUUAAGGUAAUGGGCAAUCAGUACAUGAUUCAGAUGUUUAUUGACUUUUCUAUGGCAUUUUUAGUUGAAUUGGUAUUCCCAUUAAUUGCUCGAAAAGUUAAGGAAUUGGUUAAAAAAGAUGACACCCCAGUUCCAAAACCAGACUUUGAUGUUUCAGAAGAGUACUUGGAACUAAUCUAUCGUCAAUAUUUAGUCUACAAUGGAUUUGUGAGCUUCCCACUGAUCACUCUUAUUGGACUCGUUGCCUCUAUAUUUGAAGUUUACUUGGACAAGUUUAGAUUACUUAAAAUUGCUGCCAAACCUCCACUUACAACUGGUUCUGUAAAGUCUGUCGUUACAUUCUUUGCAAUUCUAGCAGCUAUUCUGCCAAUCUUUAACUGGGCUGGAGGAAAUCUGUAUAUUCUUUCUGGAUAUUAUUGGUGUAAUGCACCAUCAGAUAUUGAAUGCUCAGCAUGUACUAUAACAGAUAAUGGAAGAUUCCCUAACUUGAUUAAGGCCAUGUUCGAAAGUACAUAA